UAGGCUGUUCCUGGGCCGGUUACUGGCGUCCGCGUCUGGCCCCUCGUUUGUUGCGCGGGGUGGGCACGGCCCGAGGGACCCUUCCCACAAUGCCCCUGGCUGGGGGGCCUGGGUAGGGGCGGCGGGGCCCCAUAGCUCCUGCUGGUGGUGGGGGGGGAGACCCCGGCCCCAUAGCCCCUGUUGGGGGGUAGCAGGCCCCAGAGCCCCUGCUGGGGGGAGGAAGGCGGAGGGCCCCAUAGCUCCUGCUGGUGGGGGGGGGACCCCGGCCCCAGAGCCCCUGCUGGGGGGAGGAAGGCGGAGGGCCCCAUAGCUCCUGCUGGUGGGGGGGGGACCCCGGCCCCAGAGCCCCUGCUGGGGGGAGGAAGGCGGAGGGCCCCAUAGCUCCUGCUGGUGGGGGGGGGACCCCGGCCCCAGAGCCCCUGCUGGGGGGAGGAAGGCGGAGGGCCCCAUAGCUCCUGCUGGUGGGGGGGGGACCCCGGCCCCAGAGCCCCUGCUGGUAGGGGGGGAGAUCCCGGCCCCAGAGCCCCUGCUGGGGGGAGGAAGGCGGAGGGCCCCAUAGCUCCUGCUGGUGGGGGGGGGGACCCCGGCCCCAGAGCCCCUGCUGGGGGGAGGAAGGCGGAGGGCCCCAUAGCUCCUGUUGGUGAUGGGGGGGACCCCGGCCCCAUAGCCCCUGUUGGGGGGUAGCAGGCCCCAGAGCCCCUGCUGGGGGGAGGAAGGCGGAGGGCCCCAUAGCUCCUGCUGGUGGGGGGGGGGAGGAAGGCGGAGGGCCCCAUAGCUCCUGCUGGUGGGGGGAAGGGUAGCAGGCCCCAGAGCCCCUGCUGGGGGGUAGCAGGCUGUGUCCAGCCCCUGAGCCCUCCAGAAAUUUUUUGAACUCCCAUGUUUUAAAAUCACUCUUGGGGACCCUUAAUUCCCGAGUCACCUAGGGGAGGGUCCCCAUCCUACCAGCGGCUUUGCAGCCCCCCCUUUCUCUAGUGUAGGGGGAGCUCAGGGUUAGUCUCCAGGAGAGAGGGGCUGUAACAGGGUCCCAGGCCUGGACUCCUCUCUGCUGCUGGAGCGUCCUUAUAAGCGCUGGAGUCCUUAGUUGCCUUUUUCUCUCAAGCACCCCCCCCCCCAAUAAUAAUAAUAAUAGAUGCUGGGAAAACAGCCCUAAAUACAGGUGCCCCCAGUACUGUGACGGCUGGACGUUCAGGCAGUACACUGCAGUUGCAGGAUUUGUCGCUCUCUCCUCCCCAAAAUGAAAAGCACCCGCAGCGGUUCCUCAUUCCAAGCCAUCAGUGCCAAUGGCUUGGACCUGAGUCUAACGGGCCACCCACUGCAAGUCUUGCGGCGGCCGAGCAGCGCCUCUCCAGCUAAGCACAUCGCUCGUUCCAUCUCUGUCAUCACCGAGAGCAAGCCCAGAAGGAAUGCUCCGGAAGAUGCAGGACUUGGCUGCUCCAGAGCCAUUAACAAUCUCCGGAGAUCGAAUAGUACCACCCAGGUCAACCAGCAGGUGAAUGGUCCUUUCAGUACUGAGCAGCCUGGAGACUUCCUGACCUUCUUUGACAGCAGCUCUGGGGGAAGAAAAAAGCUGGCAAGUCUGAGCAAAACCUCCCCGGAAAAGAAAACCACAUGGAAUAUCCUGGACGAUCAGCCCAGGGUCUUCCCGAUCCCAUCCAGCACCCGCAGCUCCAGCACCCUUGAGUCCCCAGCAGGCAUGAGGAAGAAAGAAACCACGGUGCUGCUGGCAGCCAACUUCACUGCCAAUAACAGGAGUAACAAAGGGGCCAUGGGCAACUGUGUCACCACCAUGGUGCAUAACAACUACUCCACCACAGACAAGGCCUCCACGCCGAAAAGUUCCAACCAAGCAGCAACCUCCCUCAACAACAUGAUCAAGGCAACCUCAAACGAGGACAGUGAGAGCAGCAGCUUCAAGAAGUCUCAGAAGAACUUUUCCAGCAACAACAUAAUGCCCCGCAACAACAGCAGCAGCAGCCUGCUCAAGAGGAAGGAGGUGACGGAGGAGGAGGCGGAGAGGUUCAUUCAUCAGGUUAACCUGGCAGCUGUGACCAUCCAGCGCUGGUACCGACGCCACUCGCAGAGGCACAAAAUGGGUGCAGCCGCUCUCGAGCACUUGUUGGCUUCCAAGAGAGAGGAAAGGCAGCAGCCACGGAUGGAGGAGGGGAACAUCCUGGACUUGCAGCGGAAGAAGGAUGAAGAGAGACGGAGAAUCCGGGAGGAGAAGGCCCAGCUGGCCCGGCGAGCUGCUAUCCAGGAGCUUCAACAGAAACGAGCCCAAAAGGCCGCUGAUGCAAAGCGCCUCGCGGAGGAGGAGCUGGUGCUGCUGAAGGAGAGCAGACGGGUGGGAAGGAAAAAACCCACCAAGCCAGCCUCUGUGAAGAACAUCAGUCCCUCCAACAGUGUCGUCAAGGCCAAUAAUGCAGAUGCAAAUUUCCGUGCAGCAGCUGCCGAGCCCGCAGAAAUCUUCCCUCCAGGACUCAGUUCGGGCACUGGACAGGAUAACAUGGCAGAGGACAAACCGCAGGAUGUGAACUCCGGAGAGCUGGCCAGUGAGGAGCUGCAGAUGGUGGUCACUGCGACCAGCAGAGCCCAGUCCAAGGUCACCCUCAGUGAGCUUCUGGACACCCUCAAACUGCUGGAGGAGGAGCCAGAGCUGCUGCCCCAACCUAAGCUCUACAAGAAAGACAAAUAUGCCUGGAUAGAUGGGGAGGCUGACUCAAAUUCCCUGACUGCCGAUAACCUGGAGAAGUUUGGAAAGCUGAACCAUUGCCCCGGUGUCCCUGGGGACGGGGCUCUGCUCUCUGAAGCCAAGCUCCAGAGCAUCAUCACCUUCCUGGAUGAGAUGGAGAAGUCAGAGCAGGAGCGGCCCAGAUCUGCUGCCUCUGCCACUCAGCAGGAGGGGCUCUUGUCUGAAGAGGAGGUGGCCCACCUGGAGCAAGCUUCCGCCGUAGCCACAGAGGUCACCAGCUCCAUCGUGAGGCUGAAACUGGAGGUGGAGGAGAAGAAGCGAGCCAUCACCCUGCUGCAGACCGCGCUGGCACAGCAGCGGGAACUGACUGUGCGGCAUGUCAAAGAGACUGAGAAGGAGCUUAGCCACCAGCUCCAGCUGCAGAGAGAGCAGUACGAGGCUGCUAUCCAGAGACACCUGGCCUUCAUCGACCAGCUGAUUGACGAUAAGAAGGUUCUGAGUGAGAAGUGCGAGGCUGUGGUGGCAGAGCUGAAGCAGGUGGACCAGAAAUACACCAAGAAGAUUUCCCAAAUGCAGGAGCAGCAUGAGCUGGAGAUCAAGAAACUCAAGGAGCUGAUGAGUGCGACUGAGAAAAUCCGCCGGGAGAAGUGGAUCGAUGAGAAAACCAAGAAGAUCAAAGAAAUCACUGUGAAAGGGCUGGAGCCUGAGAUCCAGAAGCUAAUUGCCAAACACAAGCAGGAGAUCAAGAAGCUGAAGAUGCUGCACGAGGCAGAGCUACUUCAGUCAGACGAACGGGCAGCCCAGCGCUACAUCCGCCAGACAGAGGAGCUGAGGGAGAUCCUGGAGCGGGAGAAGGAGGAGCAGGGCCAGCGGGAGAGGGAGCUGGCCAGGAAGCGGUACGAGAAGCACCUGGAGCAGGAGGAGCAGGCACUCCAGCAGCAGCGCCGCAGGCUCUACAGCGAGGUAGCUGAGGAGAAGGAGCGGCUCAAUCAGCAGGCGGCCAGGCAGAGAGCGGAGCUGGAGGAGCUGAGGCGGCAGCUGGAGGAGAACAGCUCCAUAGUCACCAAGGCGCUGAAGGAGGAGUACGAAAAGGGGAAGGAGGAGCAGGAGAGGCAGCACCAGGCAGAGGUGAAGGUGCUGAAGGACAGGCUGGAGAUUGAGAAGCAGGCGUGGGAGGCCAACUACAUGAAGAAGGAGGAGGCCUGGCUGCUCUCCCGGGAGCGGGAGCUGAAGGAGGAGGUGAGGAAAGAGCGGGACAAAGAGAUCGAGCUGGUCAUUCAGCGCCUGGAGGCCGACAUGUCGUCUACCAAGGAAGAGUGCGAGAGGGUGGCAGAAAACAGGAUCAAGAGGGUCCGAGACAAGUACGAAGCGGAGCUGCAGGAGCUGGAGAGGUCUGAGCGGAAGCUGCAGGAGCGCUGCAACGAGCUGAAGGGGCGGCUGGCUGAGCUGGAAGGCGAGAACAUGCACCUGCAGGGCCUAGUGAAGCACAAGGAGCAGGAGGUGGAAGACAUCAGGAAGGUGAAGGACCAGCUGGCCAAGGAGAGGAGCAGCCUGUCGGAAGUGAUUCGCCAGGAGUUUGCAGACAGACUGGUGGGGACAGAGGAGGAGAACAAGCGGCUGAAGGUAGAGAUGUCAGAGAUGAGAGCCCGCCAGCGCUUGGAGCUGGACAGGAUAGCGCGGGACAAGGACGAAGAGCUGGAGGAGGUUCAUAAGAGAGUGAAGAUGGCCAUUGUGAAGAAAGAGGAGACCGUGAAUGUUCUUCGGAAACAGUACGAAGCAGCUGUGAAGCGGGCAGACCACCUGGAAGCCCUGCUAGAGCAACAGCGAAAACAGCUGCUGGCUACUAACUAGCCGCCCAGCCGCCAAGGUGCUCCCGUUCCCCAGGAAGUUGCACAUUGUGGGUCUGUGCGCCGUGUGCGCGGGGUUGGAAUUGGAGUCUCCCCCUCCUACUGUGCUGUUCUCUUUUUACAACUUCCAUUAUUUGUGCCUCAGCCUGACCCCUUGCUGGAGAAGACUUCCCGUGCUCAGGCUUCUGUGUGGUAUUUUAACAGUAAACGGCGUGCGUGUUUCUAAA